AUGGAACCCGAUCUUGACUUGAAAAUGAAGGAAGAUCCUCAGCUGGUCGAUGCAAAUGUCCAAGAUGGCCAGAUCGACAGCACAGAGGGUCUGCAACGGCGACUUGAGAACCGACAUAUUCAACUGAUCGCCAUUGGAGGCUCCAUCGGGACAGCCUUGUUCGUCACCAUCGGUAAUGGCCUGGCAGCAGGUGGCCCAGCCAGUCUGCUCAUUGCCUACGUUCUGUACUGUGGUGUCCUCGCAUGUAUCAACAACUGUCUCUCUGAAAUGAUUGUCCUCCACCCGGUGUCCGGUGGCUUCAUCCGGAUCGCAGGCAAAUGGGUCGAUGACGCUCUCGGUUUUAUGGUGGGCUGGAAUUUCUUCCUCUACGAAGCUCUCAUGAUCCCCUUCGAGAUAACCGCCAUCAACCUGAUCCUAAGCUAUUGGCGAGACGAUAUUCCGGUCGCCGCAGUCUGCGCGGCGUGUAUAGUUCUUUUUGCUGCUAUCAAUGCUCUCGCCGUCGCCGCGUACGGGGAGGCGGAGUUCUGGCUCUCCUCCGGAAAGGUCCUCCUGAUCUUCCUGCUCUUUUUCUUUACCUUCGUGACUAUGGUUGGUGGGAACCCAGCUCACGAUGCGUAUGGAUUUCGCUAUUGGAACGAUCCAGGCCCCUUCGCCGAGCACCGAACGGCCGGUAGCCUCGGUCGUUUUGAGGGCUUCCUGGCGGCUAUCUGGUCUGCUGCUUUCUGCAUUGUUGGUCCCGAGUAUAUCGCGAUGGCCGCUGCCGAGUCCAAGCGCCCUCGGAUCUUUGUCAAGGCCGCCUUUAAGACCAUCUAUUGGCGGUUUAUCUUAUUCUUUGCCCUAGGUGCCCUGUGUGUCGGGAUCGUCAUCCCGUGGAACGACCCGACUCUGCAAGCCAUUCUUGCCGGGGAGAGCAGUGAGAAAGGAGGUGGUGCUUCUCCCUAUGUCAUCGCCAUGUCGAACUUGAAGAUCACCAUUUUGCCCGACAUCGUCAAUGCCCUGCUCAUCACUUCCGUAUUCUCUGCCGGCAACACUCUCACCUACUGCGCCACUCGUUCCCUCUACGGCUUGUCCCUCGACGGUCGGGCCCCAAAAAUCUUGAGUAAGACGAAGAAUGGUGUCCCGAUCUACGCUUUCCUCAUCGUCAUCUGUUUUCCUUUCCUGUCCUUCCUGCAACUAUCUGACAACUCGGCACAAGUCUUGACAUGGUUAGUCAACUUGGUUACGGCCGGUGCCCUCAUUGACUAUCUGGUCGUAUGUAUCACGUACAUCCAGUUCUACCGGGCAUGCAAAGCGCAAGGCAUUGACCGAAAGAGCUUUCCAUACUACGGCUAUUUCCAGCCUUACUGCUCCUACAUCGGUGCGGUGUGUAUGGUUCUGGUUUUGCUCUUCUAUGGAUAUACCGCGUUCGCGCCGUGGAGUGUGGAGGUUUUCUUCCAGAAUUACACCAUGCAGAUCCUCGCGCCGAUUUUGUAUUUCGGAUGGAAGUUCGCUCACCGGACAAAGAUCCUCAAGCCGAAGGAUGUCGACUUGGUCUGGGACCGACCGAUUGUGGACUCCUACGAAGCCACGUUCACCAGUCCCGCCCCCGGAUUCUGGGCCGAAAUGAUUCAAAUGUUUAGGUUCAAACGAAAGCAGGUAGAACAGGUUGAUGCUUGA